CUGGUGUGUACCCUGCAUCAGUGUCCAUCAUAAGUGGGGGUUAGUUGAUGAUACCUGGGCAGGGGCGGACUGACAACUCAUGGGGCCCCCGGGCAAUAGGGGAUCAUGGGGCCCCUGUGUCCUUGCCCAAACUCAAAAAAGCCUAUGAAAAAGGUACCAGGGGCAUCUCAUGGGGCCCCCUACUGACCCCGGGCCCUCGGGCAGUGCCCGAGUUUCCAAAUGGUCAGUCUGCCCCUGUACCUGGGACAAUCACAGCACACUGUACCAUG